ACAGAGUGUAAACAAACCAGAAAACGUGUAGAUUUUUAAUCAAAAUGUCUUUUUGCAGAGAAUAUUAAGCCAGUGCUGAUUAUUUUGUUUCAUGGUUACCGCAGGAAAGACCCAGGGAAGGUAUGGAAUGGAAGUUAUAUGUUGCAGAUACACGUUAGGAUAUCACACUUAAUCAUGGGUGACAUGAGUGAAUAUUAUCGCCAAAUAUCAGAAAUUCACAAGGCAGUGAGAGAAAGAGAAAUGUAUCGUCUAGAAUUGGAAAAAGAGAGAUUACUGAAGACACAGAGGAGAGAAAAAAGACAUGAAGAGCUGCGGACCAAGGUAAAAUCUCUACACAAAGAACUUGUUAGAGAGGAGUUAGAAGCUGCCCAGAGAGUGCGCAAAUUAUUAUCUCAGGUGGAAGCUGUGACAAGAGAACACCAGCUCUUAGAAGCUCAGACAGAGAAGCUGCGGAAUAGAAAGCAACAAUAUGAGGCACAACUUGAAAUGGCCUAUCCCAACUUGAAAAGCAGUUCUUCCAAUUUUUAUCUCAAUGAUUUAUAUCAAACAGUAGGACUAGGGUCAGGCUUCAUACCAUCUGCAGCAAGUGCAAGCAUUUUCCCCCAAGGAGCAAACAUCUUGGGAAAUUUUCCUCCUGGGGCAAACACCUCAGGCUCCAUAUUUCAGAGAGCCAGCACUCCUAUGCCAGCCUCAUCCAUGUCAAGUCUGAACCCUUUUUCUGCAGCUGUUCCUCAGGCGUCACCCAUAGCCCCUUCGUUAGCUCCAACUAGCCAUGGGUCAGUUCAGCAGUCAGGAAAUAGUUUGGCAUCUGGCAGUAUGGCUAGUCAGGUCACCUCUAACCAUAUGACUGUACCCCAUCCUUUACUACAUCCAGGAGUACCUCAACCCUCAUUGAAUCUGAGUCAGCAGGAGUUAGCGAACAGAAAUGUAAAUUUGUCAAAUGGUGGUCUUGUCUCAUCAGCUUCAUCUGCUGUACCUGUUGUCACUUCCCAGAUUCAGUAUCCAUAUCAGGAGAAUGCUCCUCAGCCUGCUUUAACUGAACAAGGAGGUUUUAACACUUCUUUAUCAAAUCCAUCAUCAUUUGUGGCCAGAAGUCUGUCUAUGGUUUAUGAAAGUAGUCAGUUGCCACCUGAAGCACACCAUGGGUAUGCAGGAGUUUCCUCUGAUAAACCCUUUCAUCAAGAUACUCUGAAUCAACCUUCUCACAAUCUUACAUCACAGGCAAAUGCAAACUCAAUUCAGAAUCCAAUAGAUAUAUAUUUGAGCACUCUUUCCUUCCAGACUAGGCAGAGAGAAUCUGCUGCUAAUUCUGUUCCCACAGGAAGGACAGACACUACUACAGCUCCUCAUUUAGAGCCAAUAAGUUCUAGUCAAAAUAAUCAAGGUAUUAGUACUCCAAAUAUGUUGGAAAAUCCAGAAAGAAAGAUCAAGGCAGAAGAGCAACAAAUAGAUUCUGCAGCUCCUUUGCAUAAUGAGACUCCAGUAACUAACAACUUUUCCAGACUAGCAAGUCAGCAGUCUGAAGAAGCUAGUACAAGCACUGGCCUUCCUACUAGGCCUACUGUUACUGGACUGUCAGAAGCUCACAGCAUUGACUCUGUACAGGCAAAUAAUGAAAUGAUGGAUGAGAGCCUUCCUCUUUCACCCCAAGAACAAGCUCCCUCCCAAGACAGAAGUGGAUCCAAUGAGCUGUCAGCUUCAACAGUAAACAAUCAGCAAGGGGAAAUAUCUCGUCCAACUCUUGGAAAAAUAGACAGUGCCUCCAAUUCUGUUUCUCGUGAUUUAUCAUCCCAUGGAAAUAGUGUAGACUCCAGUUCUGCUUACCAUACACCUGACAAUAAGCAGCUGGAAAGGAAGCCAGAAAAUGCUGAAAAACAGUUAAUAAGUAUGAGAGGUUCAGAAUCAGGAGACACAGAAAAACAGUCAGAAAGUAAUACCAAAUUAGAAUCAGAAAAUAAUGCAAAAAUUACCAAUGAGACAAAGGAUAAUACCAAAAUAACCACUUCCAAAGAAGAUAUAGGAGAACGUCAUCAGCAGAAAGAUCACCAGCCAGAUUCUAAAGCCAGUACCACUCCUUCAACAUCAACUGGGAAAAGUAAUCAAAAAUCACUUCCAUCUGCUCCAUCAACUGAUGAGAGAAGCAUAAGCAAUAGUAAAAUUUCAUCACUUCAGUCAAAAGACAGUUCUUUAACCUCUACUUCAUCAGAUGUAAAAGCUAAAGAUAAGACCCAGGCACCAUCACCCACACCUCACACAGACACAAAGAAACCAAAUCCCAGUGAGCUAGAAAAUAUACCUGUUGCGCAUGUGAAAAAAGAUGACCCACUUCCAAAGCCCGAUACUUCGAAGGUACAAGUCAGCCAGCCGUCAGUCAGCUCUUUGACAGACACCUCCAGCACAGCACCAACACCGUCCCUUCCAGUAAAACCUUCACAGCCCAAGCCUUUCACAGCCCGGGAUCCAGAUGAUGAUUCAGACUUCUUUGAUCGUGAUGUUCCUGUCACUGCAACGGCAGCAUACAAGGCCAUGGUGUCAGGUACAAGAGCACCCGGCACAGGCAUCCCAACAGAGAGCGACAGUGAUGACCUCGAGAACCAGAUGAGUGCCAUGGUGGCCAAGCGAGAUAUGCCAAAGUCCAGGCCCGCUUUUAAGCCUUUUGCAUCGAGUAUCCCCUCACUACGACCUGCACCCCCCAGCACUGAUACUGACAGUGUAGACAGUGUUGAGGCUGCUAUACAGGCAGCAAUGAGCAAGCCUAAAGAUCAAGGAGAGAAGCCAGUGCCGCCCUCUGAGACCAGUACAGCUCCCAGCCAAGCAGAGAAGCCAGCAGGAACGAAAGCAGCCUCCGCCCCAGCCCCCAAGGCACUCCUUGGCAAGACUCGGCCAUCAGCAGCCCUUCAGCUCAACCUGGACUCAGAUUCGGAGUCUGGUGGUGUAAGCGCCGGGGCAGAUGCCUCGGACGACGAUGACUUUGAUUUUUAUGACUAGGCUGUGGAUGAUGAUGUUAUAUUUGUGAUGGUAUGGAGUGGUGAGGGGAUCAAUUGUGGUUUUCUUCAUUUCUGCAGAAUAAGAGGGAAAGGGGAAGAAAUACUGUUUGUAAAUGUAGAUGGUGCCUUAAAUACUAUUCGUGU